GAAAUAAAAUAUUUUGAAGAUUUUCAAAAGUGAAUUGAUCGUUGUUUAUAUAUUAAUGAGUAUUUUAUUUAUAAAGAAAGUAUGGAACUCUUCAAAUAAUGAAAAAGACAAAAUCGUUUUCAAUGCCUAUACUGGUGUGGAGCAUCAAAAAGCUGAGUUUGUUGAAGAGGACCAGCACAACAGUGCGUUUUUUAAAAUUCUGUGCAGAGUGAAGAAUAUCCCACAAACUACUAUUCAUACACAGAAGAAAACAAAACAAAAGAAAUAUUAAAUCUUCCAAACUGCAUGAAAUACUUCUAGAUACAAUUCCUUGGUACUUUUCGUUUUCAGCGGCGCAGCGUAUCACUAUUCGCCAGCCCUCUUGGAUUGGGAUUUGAUUGGUUUGUUUCCAACUAGUAAGUACAGCUAUUAUACUGUUCACUUCAAUUGCUAUUUACCAACUUGUAUUAUAUCCUGUAUGCAAGGCUUCCUAAAUUCAAGGAACCAGCCAAAUCAUGAAAAGCGGGCUGAAGGACCGCGACCCGGUGCAAGAGCAGAGGGAUUGCCUACUAUGUUUCGGGCAAAAGGCAAUGCCAGCUCAGCUGGAUCGUCGCUAUUGUUUCGUCCGACAUCAAGAUAUCCUACCUUGAACAAGGAUCCAACGCCGCCGAUAGAGAACAAUGUAGCCAAACGGUUCGAUGUGACAAGAGGUGUUUCCCCAAACCAGAAAAAGGCAGUGAAACGAACGUUAGUAAAUCCUGCGCAAGCAGCGGGAUCUGGUGAAGCAUUGAAGAGCAAUGAAGAGGAACCUAAGGUUUCGUCUAAAGGCAAAACGAGAGUAACAGAUCCUGAAGUUACUGCAAUUCCCCAGGUACAAGUUAAUAAUAGGGUGGCCUUUCAGAAUUCAGAAACUUCUUCUCCUAGUAAAAUUAAGACCAACACGAACUUGGAGACUGCAAGACAAGAUGUCCCAAUGAAGAUCAUACGACCUGCUCCCAAAAUAGUAAAACCAAGAUUCAAUCCUCAAGAUUCUCAAGAGCCUAAAACGAAGGAGAAGUUUAUGCCUCCUCCCCGAGUCAAUUCCAUUUCUCGACCCACACGUCGAGUGAGUUACAUACCUUAUGGUGGUUUUGACAGUUUUUUGGACAAUUAUUAUGAUGAUGAUCAAACAAUUUCCAGAGAUGAUAUUUUAGAAGAGAAUGAAAUCUCCGAAGGACAUUCGGAGCCGGAUGAAGAUUCAAAUUUAGAUGCCGCUUCGUAUACUCCGUCUAACGCAUCUUCUGAUGCAGAACCCAAUGUUCAAUCCUUCGCUGAGCUAUCUCAAUUUAGAAGUCUGCCAAAUGAAGCUUCGAAAUCUCAUGAGCCAGGCUUAAGCGAUGAAAAGCCCGAGUCGAGUUCUAAGCUCAUGAAAUCUCAGAAUUUACAUAAUAAAAACAAGAAAGCACCAUUUCCUCAACCUCGCUACCCCAGUACCCAAAGCACUAUGGUACCCUUCACCUCUGAACCGAUCCGUUCUAUGCCUCCAAGUCUUUCGAAUGAGCAGCAAGAUGUAUCACGACGAGGCCCCGUUCGUCUUAAACAAAACCCUUCUCCUAUAAAAUCAAGCGCUCCCAAUACAUCAAGUUCAGAAAUUCGAAAUAAUCCACCUUCUCCCGUUCCCACUGCUCGAGCGGAAAGCGUGCCUGUCGGCAAUUCCAGGAUGACUUCUCAAGGUCCACUAAAUAGAAUUGGCGUGAAUGAUAACAAUUCCAAUCCAACGGUCAAUACAAAAGAAAUGGAAGAUAUCUUUAGUGGGAUGUCUAUCAACAAUUCGUCUUCUCCUGCUGUCUUAGAAAUGGAUAGUUCCGAAGUAGACAAUGAUGCUAUACCUUGUCAUCCUGAUGAUAAGCUUUUAAUUCCUCCUCCGAAAAACGUUUCACACGCUGAUGUGAUGGUAGCGGAGCAGAAUUUUCGGAAAGCUAGAGUUGCAAAUCCGAUAGAAGAAGUUGAAUUAGCAAAGUUAUACUUGGAUGCUCUUGAAACAUUAGAAAAUAAAUCCUCUUCGGUGCCUGAUCCAGCUACUUAUAAUACAAGGAUGUCGGUCUAUCGGAGGAGAGCAAUUGAAAUAUUAAAGAAACAUGCGUUUCCUAAUAAGACCCAAGAUUCAGUUGCUGAAGCUCUCUUUUUGAUUGGUCAGUUUUACAGUCAGGGUGUGUUGGGAUUCCCGCGUGAUGCACAAAAAGCGUUUGAGCUUUAUGGCCUAUCUUCAAAGAAAGGCCAUUCGCUUGGUACCUAUCGAGCUGCCGUAUGCCUUCAAACAGGUAUCGGUGUGAGACCAGACGCUCGCAAGAGUGUGCUUUUAUAUAAAAAAGCAGCCGAAAUGGAUAUUGUCGAGGCGAUGUUUCGAAUGGGAUUGAUUUACUUGAACGGUUUGUUAAAUCAAAAAAUAGAUGUACCUCUUGGUUUACAAUAUUUAGAACGCGCUUGUGAAACAAGAAGACCCGAAGCAGUGCGUGCAAUGUACGAAUUAGCCAAGAUUUACGAACAGACCAAACGCUUUAAUGUUUCGGUAUCUUCAGAAAGAAAGUUUGAACUUUACAAGCUAUCUGCUUCCUAUGGCUUGGCUGCAGCUCAAUGCAAAUUGGGAGAAUGCUUUGAGCAUGGAUUGUUGGAUUGUGUUCCUGAACCAAGGCGGAGUAUUUUUUGGUAUACGAGAGCUGCCGAACAAGAUUACGGUGAAGCAGAGUUAGGUUUAUCUGGAUGGUACUUGACGGGAGCAGAAGAUAUCCUACCUAAAAAUAAUGAAGAAGCGCUCCUUUGGGCGCAUAAAGCUGCUGUUAAAGGUCUUGCUCAAGCCCAGUUUGCAGUGGGUUUUAUGAUGGAACAUGGCAUUGGCAUCACUGCUGAUCCUGCCGCUGCUCAUAAUUGGUAUAUAAGAGCCGCAAAGCAAGGAUUUGUGAAGGCUCAGAAACGCUUAGAAGAACAAUCGCUGUCUACUAAAAAAUCACAGCCAAAGAAAAGUAGCAAAAAGCAAGACGAACAAUGUAUCGUAAUGUGAAUGGUUUUGCCGCACACACUUGCUUAUUAGCUUGAAUCUUGCAUGUUAACAAUACCAAAGGAUGGUAUUCUUGUUCGCGUCUGCUUAUGUAAAUUAUUUUUAAUCUUCAUUUUUUCGAUUUUUUUUUUAAUUCUUCACUUUCGUUCCCAGGUUCAUCCUCCAUUAUUGUCUUACCCCGGUGGACUAAUUGAUCUUUCUCAUUUGAAAAUUAUGUUUUUGUUUUAACAGCAUUUAAUGACCUUUUUUGCUCAUUGUUUUAUAUACAGUAUGUACUUAUUUGACAGUUUUAGAAUAGAUUUCAGAAUAAGAUGAAAACCCUAAAACCAUUAUAUGCAACUCCAGA